AUGGGGCUGGGACAGUCCAACAAGGCUCCUGUCACCGAUGACACAGAGGAGAUUCAUUUCGAUCACUUCCAAAUCUUAAGGGCUAUCGGGAAAGGAAGUUUCGGGAAGGUGUGCAUUGUGCAGAAAAAGGACACAAAGAAAAUGUACGCCAUGAAGUACAUGAACAAACUGAAGUGUGUGGAACGGAACGAGGUCCGCAAUGUCUUCAAGGAGAUGCAGAUCAUGCGGAACCUCGAGCAUCCCUUCCUUGUCAACUUCUGGUACUCAUUCCAAGACGAGGAGGACAUGUUCAUGGUAGUGGACCUGUUGCUGGGAGGAGACCUACGCUAUCACCUCCAGCAGAAUGUUCACUUCUCAGAGAACACUGUCAAGCUGUACAUCUGUGAGAUCGCCCUGGCGCUGGGCUACCUCCGCAGCAAACGCAUCAUCCACAGAGACAUCAAACCUGACAACAUUCUGCUGGACGAGCACGGACAUUGUCACCUGACAGACUUCAACAUCGCUGCCAUCGUCAAAGACGAUCUAAGAGCCACAUCUAUCGCAGGAACAAAACCCUACAUGGCCCCGGAGCUGUUUCAGCCACACGAGGGGACACACCCUGGCUACUCCUUCUCUGUGGACUGGUGGUCUCUGGGUGUCACUGCCUACGAGCUGCUGCGAGGACAGAGGCCGUACAUCAUGCGCUCCAGCAUGCCGGCCAAUGAGAUCCUCCAGAUGUUCCACAAGGUCAACCCCAGCUACCCCAUGGCCUGGUCUCUGGAGAUCAAGUCUCUGCUCAGAAAGUUGCUGUGUAUUGACGUGCACCAGCGAGUGUCCUGCCUGGCUGAGCUACAGGAAUUGGACCUGCUGUCUGACGUCAACUGGGACGCGGUGCUCAACAAACAGCUUCCCCCCGGCUUCAUCCCCAACAGGCGGAGGCUCAACUGCGACCCCACCUUUGAGCUGGAGGAGAUGAUUCUGGAGUCUAAACCGCUGCACAAGAAGAAGAAGAGACUAGCCAGGAAGACCAGAGAGACUAAUAAAGCCAAUGCAACGGUCCAUUUUACAAACAGUGGCCCUAUCACAUGGACGGGCAUUCGUGAAAUGACAUUGCGGGCAGAUAUGAACGGUCAGCUCCAACAGCGCCUGGACAAUGUGGAGAGGGACUUCCUCAUCUUCAACAGAGAAAGGUCAAAGAAGGCUGUGGUGGGAACAGAAGCAACAGGCCUCACCACGACAGAGAAGAACAAGGCUAUUGAAGAUGGACAGAACAACAACGUGGACCCGGCAGCCGACAUAUCAGGAUAG